AUGAUGGUCCAUUGCGCUGGCUGUGAGAGGCCCAUCCUGGAUCGCUUCCUCCUCAAUGUCCUGGACCGGGCAUGGCAUGUCAAGUGUGUCCAGUGCUGUGACUGCAAAUGUAACCUCACCGAGAAGUGCUUCUCCAGAGAGGGCAAGCUCUACUGCAAGACAGACUUCUUCAGGAGAUUCGGGACUAAGUGUGCAGGGUGCUCCCUUGGAAUCUCUCCCAGCGACCUGGUGAGGAAAGCCAGGAACAAAGUUUUCCACUUGAACUGUUUUACCUGUAUGGUGUGUAACAAGCAGCUGUCUACGGGGGAGGAACUCUACAUCAUAGACGAGAACAAAUUUGUCUGCAAGGAGGAUUAUGCAAGCACCAGCAGCCUGAAAGAGAGCAGCCUCAACUCAGUAUCCUCUUGCACAGACAGAAGUUUAUCUCCAGAUCUUCAGGAUCCAAUACAGGAUGAAAGUAAAGAGACAGAUCAUUCCACCUCUUCGGAUAAGGAGACUGCCAACAAUGAGAACGAAGAGCAGAACUCUGGUACCAAAAGAAGAGGACCUAGGACCACCAUUAAAGCAAAGCAACUAGAGACCCUCAAGGCAGCAUUUGCAGCCACUCCAAAACCAACAAGGCACAUUCGAGAACAGUUAGCGCAGGAAACGGGGCUUAACAUGCGGGUGAUUCAGGUUUGGUUUCAAAACAGGAGAUCCAAGGAGAGGAGGAUGAAACAACUCAGUGCUUUAGGUGCUAGAAGGCAUGCUUUCUUCAGGAGCCCAAGACGAAUGAGGCCAUUAGGUGGAAGACUUGAUGAGUCGGACAUUCUUGGGUCUGGCCCUUACAGCUACUAUGGAGAUUACCAAGGAGAUUAUUAUGGAAGUGGAAACUAUGAUUUUUUCCCUCAUGGUCCUCCGUCCUCCCAGACACAAUCGCCGGCAGAUUCCAGCUACUUACAGAAUUCAGGGCCUGGUUCAACCCCUCUUGGUUCUCUAGAACCACCACUAGCUGGCCACCACCCUUCAGAAAACCAAAGAUAUGCGGACAUGAUAUCUCACCCUGAUACACCCAGUCCAGAGCCUGGUAUGACAGGCUCACUGCAUCCAAUAUCUGGGGAAGUGUUCGGCAGUGGUCCAAGUCCGCCAUUUUCUAUGUCUAGCAAUAGUGGCUUUAAUGGUCCUAUACCCCAUCAAAACCCUGACAUUAACGAGGCCACAGUGUGGUAA